UGGACUAGCUGGAAAACCUGCAGCAUAUUUUUCAAUGAGAAUUAUACAAAGAAAAAGUUAAAUUUAACUACUGAAACUAGUAAAUAGUUGUAGUAGUAAAGAGGCACAACAAAUUACGAUAUAAAAUCCUGCUAAAUUGACGAAUUUAAUGCGAAAAAUUACAUUUGAAAAAAUUCCAAAGAAAAAAUUUUGUGCUGUGAAAAUUUCUGACUGGUGUGUGUGUAUGUAUGUAUGUAUGUGCAGUAGUUAAGUGAGGAAGGGUGGUUUGCUUAAUUGAAUACUCAGCGGGUUUGGGUGUAUAAAAGACGCGUGCGAAUAGUCACCACUGAGACUGAUUGAUAGCUAUUAGUGGUGGUAGUGGAGCAACGUAGUGACAGCAGCGUACGCAAAAUUGAAUUUUCACAAAAGGCCGAACCCAAACUGCUACAACAACAAACGGUAUAAACAACAAACAUCGUUUAGAAGUGACAGUAGUAACGAACUAAGACAGCAAUAACAACAUAACGAAAAUAAAAACAUCAAUACAAAUUGUUACACGGUCAAAAUAAAACGACAAAAGCGAAAGUGACGACAUCAAGAUCAACGAAACGACAAACUUGAAUAGAAAACUAACGAACCAUAGUGGGCGGUAGCGCGCUAGCUGGUGUGUUUACGCUCACUUCAUUUUCCAUAGCGUGCAGUGUGUGAACCAACGCAGUUGUGGUGCGCGCGCUGCAAGGAGCACUUGGAGGUUAACGCGAGGUUCAAAAACAAAGCUCACGUUUUGCAAUUACAUUAAUUUUACUCAAUCUGCCUUCAAUUGAAACUACACACACACAUUUCUAAAUACAUAAACAACAGCAUAACAAGUUAGCGUAACUGGAUUUACAUCAACGAGUCGGAAUUGAAUUUAUCAACACCACAGCGUUAGCGCAUGAUAAGCAAAUGCAAAAUGUAGGCAUCUUGUCGCACGACUCGACAGCAAAGUACAAAGCCAACCCGACAUUCAGUAUUUCAUUGCAAACAAUUCAAAUUAUUUAUAAUCGAAUCCGCGGAGAACUCGAAAAGUUCGAAAAACACAAUAAUCGACAGCGUAUUUUUGCAUAAAACAAAUUUAUACGCUGUUUCAUAAACAAGUAGCUGUAAAUCGUGACAUUUUAUAACAACAGUUACUAAGUGACUGCAGUGUCGUCAGUAAUGUCCUCGUGCAAUUCAUCUACUGAUCUCUACUUACGUCCAUUGCCUUAUCUCGAUUCUAAAUGGUUACGUGCCGAUCUCAUCGCUGGCUUGCGCAAUGCCGAGGAUGCCGCUGUUCUUUGGAAUAAUCUAAUACAAGAUUGCGAAUUAGUUUCGUCCCCAGCAGCGCCUGUAAACAACGCUGCCGGUCACCUCUCCUACCUUGGCGAUGAUGGUAAACAUUAUUGUGGCGUGCAAAAGCUGCAAUGCUCCUGUUGUCCCCUAGAUUACUGUGGUCCGCUAUCGGGUUGCAACUGUUCCGCAUGCCGCACCCUUGAUUCCGAUUCGGCCAUUAAGAAAAUGACCACGGCCGUGCAAAAUGCUGCAGCUAACCGCAUUUCGUCUGAAGUUAUUUUCGAGUCCUGGCUUUGGGGUCAAUCGCCGAAUGCGUCUGUCAAGUUGAAUUGUCAGAAUACACUUUUGGGGGAAUUGCAUGAUGUUUCAUUACGGGCAGCCGGCAAUUGCCUCUCUGCUAUGCAUCUACGCCAACAGCUUUUCAUCUAUGAACGCUAUUUUGUUGCGCUCUCACGUUGGAAGCAGCAACAGGAGCUGCAGUGUCAUGGCAUGUCGAGCGUUAUUGGUCCAAGCACCGCAGACAAAUGCAAAUUCAAUGAAGAUCAACGCAAUGCUGGAAAUAGCGGCAUCAGCCCAAUGCGUAUUCGAGAAAUUAACUAUCAUGCCACAAAUAAACUGAGACACUUUUCCACUGUGGAUGUGCCAUCGCCCAUAAAGGAGAACGAACGUGCCACGCUUGGCUUGGCGCGUGUGGGCACGAGAGCGGCGCUUAAUUUUUCGUUUGCUUUCUUGAGACGCGCCUGGCGCUCUGGCGAAGACACGGAAAUGUGCAGUGAGUUACUAAGUGAGGCAUUGGAAUCACUCCAAGACUUACCCGAAGCUUCGCUUUUUGACUCAACACAGGUUUCCCCACUAUGGAUUGAAGUGCUGGAGCGCUCUAUAAAGUUUCUACGUCAGGUCGCGCUUGGUGAUCUUUUGGGCGGUCGCUGUACCGCACCGCGCGAAGACCGGCACACUGCCUUGUGCUUACUACUGGAGCUGGGCGCUCAAAAAGGUACACUCGCUGCUACGCUCGAGGCCAUCGUACUCCUACUUAUGCUGUGGGAGAAAGAAAAGGAAACGGAUGACAAUCGUGAUGUUCCACAAAAUACUGGCGCCCCACUUGUACCCAUUCUACGCCGCUAUGAAAGCAUUGGCAAUUAUGGCAUUGGCAACUGCACGGAAAACACUCCGGCCAGCGCCACUGAAUCUUUUCUACGCUUUCUCACGCUACCCGAACAGGAGACGACCAACGUAGAUUUGAAACAAGCUGCAGUGGUUAUUGUUUCACAUCUCGAUCGUUUGGCAAAGCCUCAUUUGCCUACAAGCGCCGCGACUACACAAGUACCAGCACGCAGCAUGCAGCAAACGAAGCCAACCGCACACGCGCAGGCGUCACAGGAGAGCAAGUCUGCCGCUCCAACCCCACAAUUGCAUGAACAACGCAUAUACGCGCUUGGUUGGCAAACGCUGUGUCACGAACAGUAUGGUUUUACGGCCGAACCGGCUGUGGGCAUGUCGACGGGCAGCAACAUGGGAGGCAUGCAUUAUCCAGCGCCGGUUUUGAAUUUCUAUUUCCAAGUAAAGCAAGUUGCCUUCUCCGAGGAGUAUGUACUGUUUCUUACACAUGAUGGCAAGAUGUACACUUGGCGGAUUGCCAAACCGGAGACUGAACCGAUGCUUAUUGAAGAAAUGAACGAUGUACAAGUGACCUCAGUGGCCGCGCACUGCGAGGGCCGACAUUUCUUAGCCAUCGAUACCAUGGAUAACGCUUACUCUUGGGGCUGCGGCGAAGGUGGUCGCUUGGGCCACGGUGAUACUCUGCUGCGCGAACAUCCAACGAAAAUACAAUCUCUAGAGGAAAGCGUCAAGUCGGUCUACUGUGGUUGCACCUAUAGCGCAGCCAUUGCCAUCAGCGGCAACCUAUAUACUUGGGGUCGUGGUACUUACGGACGUCUCGGCCAUGGUAACUCUGAUGAUAAGCUAACACCGACACUUGUGCACGCCUUGCGCGACCACUGCAUCAUCGAUGUGGCAUUGGGUAGCGGUGAUUCGCAUACGCUCUGUUUAAACGCAGAAGGUCUUGUAUACGCUUGGGGUGAUGGCGAUUAUGGCAAGUUGGGUGGUGGCUCAUGCAAUGGGUCGCAGGUGCCACAGCUAAUUGACACGCUGCCAGCAAUUAGUCGCGUCUUUGCGGGCUCACAAUUCUCAAUGGCUUUGAGCUGUGAUGGUAAGCUCUACUCGUGGGGUAAGGCAUACGAUGGUCGUUUGGGACAUGGCUUAGUUGAUAAAAAUUUGCAGUGCCUCAAUACACCCAAGUUGAUAAGUGCUUUGCAGUCAAAGGUGAUUGUAGAUGUUUCGGUGGGAGUUUGGCAUUGUCUCGCUAUGAGCAGCAAAGGUGAAGUCUUCGGCUGGGGUCGCAAUGAUUUCCAGCAGGUAUGCCCCUCCGCAGUCUCUAAGGAGCCCAUACUACGCGAUCCCGUACUCGUCACACAUCCGUCGGUGCAAGCUUCUGGUAUUGCUUGUGGCGCUGCACAGAGUAUAAUUUGGAGUCAGACUUCAGUGCAAGGUGUACCUGUUAAAAUACCCUUUGUAAUUGACUUGAGCGAGCACACCUUUCGCCUGCUCGAUCAAUUACUUGGCAUAGUCUGUGGCCAAGACAGCAAUAACCGUCAAACUCCCAAUCAGGAGUCGGAAUGCAUUGCGGUGGGUUGCUUAAACCUGCUGCGUUUACAGUUGCACGCGCUAAUCAUUAAUAGUGUGUCACCGAAAACAGUCGGCUUAUCCGAGGGUUCGCGUUUGCUGGUCAGCUUGAAGAAGCGCAUACUUAGCUUGGCUGGCGGUUCGAAUGUGCUAAAAACCAUGCAGGAGGCGGCUCAAUGGACAUUGCAGGUUGGCUGGAGCGUUCUAUUACCCACAGCCACGGAGCGCGCACAAACCUUAACUUCGCUCUUGCCCUCUGAGUCAGGUAUAUCCUCCUCGGGCCAUCGUUUUAUGACUGAUCUACUUGUAGGUUCAUUGAUGGCUGAGGGUGGUCUGGAAACUGCUUUGAAACAAGCUAUACGCCUAGAAACUAAUGAUUGCUCUGAUAAUGGCCACAAUUUACCGUUACUACACCUAAUUAAACAACUGCUACGCAACAAUUCCGCCUUGACUCAAGCACGCUUGACGCAACUACUUAUAAAUGCCGGCAUAACAAAAUCCGAAGACGAUGCCUUCAUUGCAAACUCAACCGUACAGUCAACUUUGGCUGAACAUACCAGUCCCAGUCUGGAUUUGUUGCACCGCUUUCAGCGUCUACUCUUCGCACACAUCCACCAGUCGAAGCAUGAGGAUAUUAGUGGCGCUGAGGCGCUACUCUGCAAAUACGUGCAGAGUGCGGUCUCACUUUGCAUACUAUCACUGCAAAAGGCGCAUGAGAUCGCCUUGCAAGGCAAUGAUAGUGUGGUUGAUAUAAUUAAAACGGAUAUCUCUGAUACGCUGUUGUACGAGCUCCUGAUCGGCUUAAUUAUCUUGAAGAGAGAUCAUCCCACCAUCUUAUCCGCUUUCGAAUGGACGAAGGUGUUUCUACCGCUACUGCACUCUUUGGACAAUCUCAAUCGCAUUAUAUGUGAUAGCGAAAUCCAGGAUUCCGACGAUAUGGGCUGGCCGGGCAUUAUCUGUCGUGGCAAUCAGAAGGUUAGCAACUUGCAUACAACGGACGAUGGAAAUUUAAUCCGGAAAAAUGAUUUUGAAAAUCAAAUAAUCGACGGCGGCAAGUGGGUGAUAUUGAAUGGUUUUGUCUGCGAUAUCAGUGACUAUCAAAGCGACAACGCUUCCUUAAACGAGCUACUUGCGGCGAACAUUGGAAAGGAUCUCACCGUCGAGCUGAGUACCACCAUAUUUCGCAAUUACAUGGAGCAUAUAUUGAGUAACUGCAAAGUUGGGCGAUACGCCAUCACUUUAACGGAGGACAAGCCUCACGUCCAGCAAAGCAAAGUGCUUACCCAUUUUAACUCGGAACGCGCGCUCGCUUAUCUACUUGGACUCGUUGUGAAUCUUCUACAAGCCGGGCCUGCACAGCAACCAGCAGAAAUACAGUGCAAAACUAUAGUACGCUCCAGUAUUUUGCGUGGUGGCCUACAGCUCCACCAACCGAGCAAUCCAUUUGACGAAGAGAAGGGUGAGGCGCGCAGCAGUGCCAGUACUGCGGGCAGCACACCCACCGAACCGCCCGCACACAGCUUAAACGUCUGUGGUGGUGGUGGUGUUGGUAACGUAGGUAGUGGUCUGUGUGGUGUUGGCGGAGUAGUCUCACAAUCACACAUCAGUAGCGUACAACACCGCAUCGAGGGUUUCGUCGCUGGUUUAAGCGAAGCUCGUUUAACGGAUCCCCUUGUUGUAACUUGGAUGACACUCUCCGAGCGUUACUGCAAAGAAAACAAUCUCAUUUGGCAUCAAGAGUUUCCACACGAACAUCCCGUGCAGGAGUUGGAGCGUCUGCUAACCGCCGUACUAAUACGUCAUCAGAGUCUCGGCGGUCUUGUACUAAACGUCCUGGAACGUGAGCUGAGCGGCGUCGCAGUUGCUAAAACACCCAAACAAAUUGUCGAUAUGAUACGUCUCAUUUAUCAAACCAAGUGGUCUGUGGUGCGUAUACGGCAGCAAUUGAACCGCAGCUACAAAGAAGUCUGCGCACCAAUGUUAGAACGUCUACGUUUUCUCUUGUACGAAGUGCGCCCUGCAGUGAGUUUGGAGCAGGAGGCGCUACGUAAGCUGCCCAUACUGCACCGAUUGCCGCGUUUCAGACAUGUCGUACGUCGUAUAAUAGCCGAAAUGCGCCGAGCGAAAAAACAACUCGCCUGCUGCAAGCCCGAAGACAUAUUCAAUGUAACCAUUCAGAGCCAGAAUGUUGCACAGAAGCUGCAUCAGUCGCACGAAUCACUGCUGCAAAGCAAUGGCGCCAAUACAGACACAGCUGAGAAAGACUCGGGCGUCAUUACAAAUGAGAGUAGUUCAUUAACCAGCGCCACGGUCAUUAUACCGCCCCUACGUGGCAAUGUCUCGAAUGAAAAUCUGCUUGAUGCCGGUGAAAACAACGUCAUGCUUAGCGAACGCAAAACCUCCAAUGAAGAGAUCAAACUACAAGCGAACGAACUCGACUUCGACGAAGACAAGAAACCAUCAGACGAACCGCGUCUCAAUAAUGACCUGCUCCGUAAACUCCGCGAGAAAUGGUAUUUCUCCGGGGAGCUUAAUGUGCCCAUCAUGCAAGAGAUUGUAGAAUUUGUGAUGCAGGAAGUCUGCGACGUGGAGACUGUACGCCGCGCCAUGUACUGCCAAGUCCAGCGCUAUCAAAUACGUCGACAGGGCCUCGAAAUGCUACACGGCAUGCUGCAAGUGCAUGGCUUACUCGAUGCUGUGCAAUACAACAUGCUUAACGGUUACCUCGGCUUGCAUCUCAAGAGCGGCAACAGCAAGCAGGCCACACUCAACGUUUUACACGAUCUCAACAUGAUAACGGCUUUUCAAAAGGCCGAUCUACUACUCGCCCAAUCACGCGUGCUCGAAUGGGCUGUGUACGAACUCCAGCGUUUGGUCAACCAAGAGCUUAUACAGCUUAGAGGCAAAUACAAUAGUGGCAACGAUAAGGACAACUCCAAUCUGGGUACUUAUGUGUUUUUGAAGAAGCUACCACGCGCACGAUUCCUGCUCAGCAUUUUCGGCAUCUUAGCCAAGGACAUGAGCGCAAAUGAGUUGAGUUUGAUUGUGAAUCACGGCACCCUGGGCACUGUGCUCGGCCUGCUUAGCCAAACUGGUGCUGAAGUACCAACUGUGAAGAACACUUACGACCUCUCUGUGGUCUAUGAAGAUACGAUCUUGAAGCAGAAAUCGCAUAAGGCCAACUUGACCGGAGCGGAGCUGGCUAAGAUGAUGAAGAUUGGCACGCGCAUUGUACGGGGCGUUGACUGGAAAUGGGGUGAUCAGGAUGGCAAUCCGCCGGGAGAGGGUCGCAUUAUUAGCGAAGUUGGCGAAGAUGGAUGGGUCCGUGUCGAGUGGUAUACUGGUGCCACAAACUCGUACCGCAUGGGCAAGGAGGGUCAAUACGAUCUGCGUUUAGCCGAAAGCGCUUUGAACGUAAUCUCACCCGAUGGCGAAAACGCAAAAGACGAACUGUGCAGUGAUGCAUUGAGUGGCGCGUCGCAUCCCACAAAAUUGCUACGUUAUGCCUGCACCAAGACCCUACAGAUUAUUUCCAUAGGCAUUGGACUUCAUAGCGCACAGAUGGAUAAGAAUGCCGUGCGUUGUAUAUCCUCGAUGUUUCGUUCCGUUCUCGAUCCCAAUUCGGCAUUGGGCAACAUCUACGGUUUGGAUAAUUGGACCACCUUGGGUUUUCUGAAAGCCAUUGCAGGUGAAUCCAAAUCACUUGCCAAAUAUUUAUCCUCACCCACAUGGAUUGACUUCUACAUCAGCCUGCUCGAACAGCCAGUGACGCGUGAACAAGAUCUCUUUCGCAACAUACACUGUCUGCGCUUGCUGCAGAGCGUACUUAUGCAUUGGACCGAUGACGUGCAUACACAACGCAUGACCGUGCUGGUGCGUCAGCUCUUCUCAACGCUAGGUAAGAUUACGCUCUACUGUCCCCUAGACAGUUCGUUGACGCAAAUUAUAGGUGAAAAUAAGACGCGCGUGCUCGUCACCUCCUCACACUCCGGCACAAUCGCCGAGGAGAUUAUAACCCUAUUGCGACGUCUGCAUACGCUACCUUAUUGGAAUGUGGCGAUUAAUUCAUUUCUCGCACAGAAACUUUGCGUCGCUGCGGAGCUGUUCGGCGAAGAUGGCUUGGAGUUGCAACACUUGGAGAGCGAGUACAUUUACGUCAUGGGCGUACUCUGUACUAUAGGCGGCUGCGAUAUACGGCCUCGCGUGGGCCUGCAGGUGUGUUAUGAGGGCAACUGUGCUACUAUUUGUGGAUUCACCAAAAAGGGCAAGUGCUUGCUCAGCACUGAUGGACAACUACUGAAUGGAGAGCUCCGUAAGAUUUCACUGAAUGAUGCUUUUGAAUGCGCCGAUUAUUCGGUAUUUAGCCUCUCGCGUAUGCCACUCAAUGAAAUGCUCUUGAACUCUUGGGCUGUGUUGCUCUUCGGGCCCGGCGAACGCAAGGAAUGCAUGCCGAACCUUGUGCACAUCAGUCUACUGCGUGCGCAGCAAAUUCAAUUGUCCGUCUUGAAUGCGAAUUGUGUGCUGUAUCGUCACCAGGCUGCGUUACGAAAGAUACUUAGACAACGUUCACCGGGCUUGUGUGCUUACUCUUCGGAGGAGAGUCUCUCGGAAGAGGCCGCCGUACAUGCAAAGACUGGAGGAGACGUCAAAUCGAACGGAGAAGGCGCUUGUGGUAGCACUACGUUGGAGAACUGCGAGGAUCUCCAUGCGCCACCUACAAUUAGUGACACUGAACUGCUCAUACAGAGUAUUUUGAUUCGCGCUACGCAGCCAUCACCGAUUAAAGCGAUCUAUACGUACGAGGACUUGUCAACUGCAGCGUUGAGCUGUGCACAAGUGCUCGCUGCCAAAAUUUACUGCGAACUCAAUGAAAAUGCUUCAACGAGCGCUGGUCGUUUUGGCGUAUUCGCUAAUCCACCAAUGCAACCCACAAUGGUACAUGGUGAAGCAAUCUACAAUGUGGGUCUACUAGAAGAGGCUACGGGCGGUGACCAACCGCCUGCGCCGAAGACCGACAACGAUACGCCACCACUUAUCGGUCAAAUCAUGGAGAUGGGAUUCUCGAAAAAGUGUGUGGAGCUAGCAAUCAAGCAGUUAGCUAUGCAACCGGAUAUACUGUUAACACCCGAGCAAAUUGUACAAUGGAUACUUGAACACCCAGACGUUUGCGCAAACACAAUUGACACAACCGAUUAUCUAGAGCCACCGCUGGUUGGCGGUAACUCGGCGGCCACAGGCUCUUCUAGCGACACUUCAUUGCAAUCGAAACUGCAGACAAUGCACGACCCCGAGGCUGAUUCGGACAAUGAGAGUUCGGAGAGCAGUUCCGACACGGUGGAGGGCUCUUCCCUACACGAACAAUUCGUCAAGUUUGAGACACGCAAAGACUUUCCCUCGGUCGAUCAGUAUGCGUUGUACGUGCGGGGACUGGUUUGUCCCGGUAUGCUGGUACGCUGCUGUCGUGACUUUGAAGAGAUUAAAAAAGGUGAUAUUGGCACUGUGCUAAAAGUGGACACAGAGGGUUUACAUGAUCUCAACGUACAAGUGGACUGGCAGUUACAUGGUAAUACCUACUGGGUCUGUUUUGUGCAUAUCGAACUGCUGGAAAUGCCGCGUGAGAAGUCGACAUCCGAUCGCGCCGUACAGGUAAUCGUUGGCACACAAGUACGUCUGCGUGCCGCCUCGCGUUACAAGUGGGGCUAUGUGCUGCGAGGCAGCGUAGGCACUGUGACCGCCGUGCGUGGCAAGGAUGUGACCGUCGAUUUUCCACAACAUGCCAGCUGGAAAGGCACAAUAACUGAUCUUGAAGUGGUAGGUGGUGGCGGCCAAGUCGUCGGUGUAGCAGGUGCGCUGCAUGGUCUCAACAAUGGUACGGUACCUACACCCAGCGAUCUCAUUGAAGACUGGUCGCGUGUCCUACAUUCGCUCUCAGUGUCCUCCAACGAGAAGACCGCGAAACACUUACUAGAUCGCAGUCCUCACUGCUGGCACAGCUCUUCGAGCAGUCAGUCAAAGCAUUGGAUCCGUCUGGAGAUACACGAGCAUAUUUUUGUGCACAGCCUUACUAUUGUGGUCGAUCCGAAUGAUAACUCGCAUCAGCCUUCGUUGGUGGUGGUACGUGUUGGCGAUGGCAUUGGCAAUCUGAAGGACUUCACAUGGAUCUCCAUCAAAAAUACCGACAGGAUAGUUAAACUCAUGAGUGAUGUGCGUCAAUACUACCGUUGUAUCGAAAUCGUUAUCAAGCAGUGCCGCAACAAUGGCAUUCAGUGCAAAAUACAUAGAUUGAACAUCGUCGGUCGUCGCAAACAAACCGAUCUCGAUUUAGUGUUAAUGAAUGCCUCGUUCCUCGCUUGCGAAUAUGAGCAAAUGACUGACUCCAACUCUCUCUCAAGCGCCUAUAACAACAUCGAUCCCAAAUCGUCAGCAACACCCUGCGAACCACCCUGCACCGUGAUGGUUUGGGGUCUCAACGACAAAGAGCAACUAGGCGGUCUCAAAGGCUCCAAAGUGAAAGUGCCAACCUUCUCGCAAACCAUUAGUCGUCUGCGACCUAUACACAUUGCAGGCGGCUCAAAGUCUCUAUUCAUCGUAUCGCAGGAUGGCAAGGUGUACGCUUGUGGCGAGGGUACAAACGGUCGGCUUGGUUUGGGCAUCAGCGUUAAUAUAUCCGUACCGCGCCAAAUACCGGUUCUACAUCAAUAUGUCGUUAAGAAAGUGGCUGUGCACUCCGGCGGCAAACACGCGAUGGCCUUGACAUUGGACGGCAAGGUAUUCUCUUGGGGUGAAGGAGAAGAUGGCAAGCUCGGUCAUGGCAAUCGUCUUACCAUGGACAAGCCGAAGCUGAUUGAGUCUCUCCGUGCGAAAAAGAUACGUGACAUUGCAUGCGGCUCAUCGCACAGUGCUGCUAUUACGUCGGCCGGCGAGCUGUAUACUUGGGGUUUGGGCGAAUACGGGCGGCUAGGACAUGGCGAUAAUGUUACACAGCUGAAACCGAAAUUAGUCGCUGCUUUGGGCGGCAAACGUGUUGUACAAGUGGCUUGCGGCAGUCGUGACGCACAAACUCUUGCUCUAACUGAAGACGGUGUUGUGUACUCAUGGGGCGAUGGUGAUUUUGGCAAACUGGGUCGCGGCGGCUCGGAAGGUUCUUCGAUACCACAUGAAAUCGAGCGUCUGACCGGCAUCGGUGUCAUUCAAAUUGAAUGUGGUGCACAAUUCAGUCUCGCGCUUACACGCACCGGCGAGGUAUGGACAUGGGGUAAGGGUGAUUAUUACCGUUUGGGUCACGGUAGUGAUCAACACGUACGCAAACCGCAACCCAUACAAGCGCUGCGCGGUCGUAAAGUCAUACACCUCGCAGUGGGUGCCCUGCACUGCCUGGCUGUUACCGAUAACGGACAAGUGUAUGCGUGGGGCGACAACGACCACGGCCAACAGGGUUCUGGCAACACUGUGGUGAAUAAGAAACCGGCGCUGGUUAUUGGCUUGGAUUCGGUGUUUGUCAAUCGUGUCGCUUGCGGCAGUUCACACGCUGUCGCCUGGGGUUUGCCGCAAUCACCAUCGGAGGACGAGAAAAAAGGCCCUGUACCAUUUGCGACCCCCAAAGAUCCACUUGGUGGUAGCAGUCUCGGCAUUUAUGAUACUGAAUCGCAAUUGAGUGCAUCAACAUCAAAUUCUUCUAGGCCAAAAUCGAACACGAGCCUUAGUGAAACGCUGCUCUCACUUGAGAGCGACGGCGCGCGUCAGACCGCACUCAAUUACGUACUGAAUGCCAUGAGCAUAUUGCAGGCCCGCCAGCUUAUCGUUGCCGCCCUGACGAGUCACAGUAAAGUAAAUUUGAAUGAGAAAAUUUCGAGCGAGUUCGAUGUACAGGAAGGCAGCAACACUAUAUUAGGUAAGGAAGGGUCCACCGGCGCUACCAGCCACACUCCACACGGCACUUUGGGUGGCCACAAUAAUAUCAACGGCAAUAACGAAGUUAUCGCACAAGGCGGCGGUGAAGCGCCAGCCGAUGCUACCGAUCCGGCUGUACAUGAACCCUCACCAGAAGCGGAAAUUGUGCCCGCGCCUGCCGGACCUUUGAGCGCUUUCCAAAGCUUGACUGGCUCGCUUUCACUUUCGGCAUCUAUAUCUAGCAAUGCACCACACAAACAUUCCAAAAUGUCCGCCAGCGCUAUGUCGGCUCUCGCUGCAACAAUGACCAACCAAGAGGAGAUUAUCGAGGAGAUAAGUCUAACCGGCUUGGAUGAUUUCACCUCACUGCUAGGCGAAUCUGAAGCUAAGAGCUUAGUGGAACUGCUGAAACUGAGUGUGGCCGGCCGUACAGGACCACUCAGUACUGCGAAUACCAUCUCCGACACGCUCAUUGCACUCGGCUCGAACUCGCCGACCAUUGGCGCUAUGCUUCUGGAGACUUGUAUUACGGAGCUGGAGGAUUUGUGCACAUCGCGUUAUAGUUUGGGCAAAGUACCAAAGCCUGUGAUGCGUGAGAGUACCCAUCCGUAUGUAGACAAUAUGACCAUAGUUGGCACAGUGAAGAUACCGGGCGCAGAGUCAUUACGCUUAGAAUUCGAUAGUCAGUGCUCCACGGAAAAACGAAACGAUCCCCUGACCAUCAUGGAUGGCUCAGGCCGCUUAAUCGCCAUUCGCUCUGGCCGUGAGUACGCACUAUGGGCACCUGAAGUGCGUAUACCCGGCGACGAGAUGCGUUGGAAGUUCACCUCGGACAGCUCUGUUAACGGCUGGGGUUGGCGCUUUUGGGUGCAUGCUAUUAUGCCACCGACUGCUUUGCAUGAACGCGGCUCGGAUCGCGCAGUGCUCUCACAGCCAUCAAUGCCACUGGUGAUGGCUCUGUUGAAUGAGCGCCUUGGACCGCAUAACACGAGCGUGCUGUUACGUCUAGCAGCUGCAUUGGCCGCUUGCGCACAACUCAACUCGCUCACGACAACACAACGCAUUUGGUCACUCAAGCAACUGCACACCGUGCUGCUAUCGAAGCAUUCCCCAAAACCAUUGGAUCCCUCCUUGAACACAAUUUUGUUGCCACUAAUACCGGAACUAUUGCGGCAAUAUGAGUACGAAGAGCCUCAAGUCCGCGGCGGAGUACAUCUCAUGCAUUCUGACUACUUCAAGACGCUAGCGGCCCUCGCAUGUGACAUGCAAUUGGAUGCUGCUCUGCCUGCGGCUGACGUACACAAAUGGGCUUGGUUCAAGAGGUACUGUAUCGCCGUGAGAGUUGCGCAGUCGCUAAUAAAACGCACCGAAUUGCCGCGUCCAUUCUGCAUGGAGGUGCGUAAAAAGUUCGCCGAGAUGAUGCCUGCACCACAGCCAAGUCAUUCGCCCGGUGCUGGUAGCAUCGCUUCGAUGAUGAACUCGACCACUUCGCUGUCGUCUGCAGGCAGUACGAACAGCAAUCCGACUCCACCGCCACCGCCAACGAGCUCGACAAUGGUGAACACUUUGACGCCCAGCUCAAGCAAUCUCAUACAAUAUAUUGACUCGAUGAUGUCGCUUUCCUUGCACGAGCCGAACAGCAGCAGUGCUGGCGCUGUCGCUUGUUCAAGCUUACCACCACUAGCGCCACCUACUGGCAACGAAGUGUUACACUUUAUGCACGAGGAUCACACGGUCUUCAAGGCCGCUCACGACAAUCAACUGUUGCAGUGGCUCAAUCGGCGCCCGGAUGACUGGGCUCUAUCUUGGGGCGGCGCUAGCACCAUCUAUGGCUGGGGACACAACCAUCGCGGUCAGCUGGGCGGUUUGGAAGGUAGCCGCAUUAAGACGCCAACGCCAUGUGAAGCUCUGAGUCUGUUGCGACCUGUACAAUUAGCGGGCGGCGAACAGACACUCUUCGCGGUUACACCUGAUGGUAAGUGCUUCGCUACCGGUUAUGGUUCGGGUGGACGCCUCGGCGUAGGCGGUACAGAUUCUUGGGCCAUACCAACACUAAUUGGCUCACUUCAGCAUGUAUUUGUGAAAAAAGUAGCUGUGAACUCUGGUGGCAAACAUUGUCUCGCUCUAACAACUGAUGGCGAGGUGUAUUCUUGGGGCGAGGGUGAGGAUGGCAAGCUGGGCCAUGGGAAUCGCAUGAGCUAUGAUCGACCCAAAUUAAUUGAAGAUCUCAAUGGCGUUGGCGUUGUAGAUAUCGCUUGCGGCAGCGCUCACUCUGCGGCAAUAACCUCUUCGGGUCAUGUGCUCACUUGGGGCAAAGGACGAUACGGACGUUUGGGGCAUGGCGAUUCGGAAGAUCAACUGCGACCAAAACUAGUUGAGGCGCUACUGGGUUACCGCGCCAUUGAUGUCGCAUGUGGCUCAGGUGAUGCUCAAACCCUAUGUAUUACCGAUGACGACAACGUUUGGAGUUGGGGUGAUGGCGACUACGGCAAAUUGGGACGUGGCGGCUCAGAUGGCUGCAAAUUGCCGUAUAAAAUUGAAAGCCUCGCCGGUUUGGGAGUUACAAAAGUUGAAUGCGGCUCACAGUUCUCGGUUGCGCUUACCAAAUCUGGCGCUGUUUACACAUGGGGCAAGGGAGAUUUCCAUCGACUCGGUCACGGUACUGUGGAUCAUGUCCGCCGACCCAAAAAGGUAGCAGCACUACAGGGUAAAAAAAUCGUCUCUAUUGCCACCGGCUCGCUACAUUGUGUAGCAUGCACCGACGCAGGUGAAGUGUACACGUGGGGUGAUAACGACGAGGGCCAACUAGGUGAUGGUACUGUAAGCGCCAUACAACGCCCGCGUCUCGUGGCCGCGCUGCAGAACAAACACAUUGUCAAAGUAACUUGCGGCUCGGCUCACACUAUUGCUAUGUCCACUUCACAGCUAACCGAUCGUAUGCGACCACCACCCAAUCCACCGCUCGAAUACGAUUUGGUGCGAGAGAUGCCACCGGAGGCGCUACAUGCACGUCUAGUGCUACUCCACCACUUUUCAGAGCUGCUGUGCCCCUGUCUGGCAAUGCUGCCCAUAAUCGGCGAGCUCAGCUUGAUUGCACUGAAGGAUGUCCUCGUUUAUACCAUCAAAGAAGCGGCUUUCCGUAAAGUCAUACAAACGACUAUGGUACGAGACAAACAACACGGACCCGUAAUUGAACUCAAUCGCAUACAAGUUAAACGCUCGCGCAACAAAUCGGGCAACGGUCUUGCGGGUAUAGAUGGCAUGAAGAGCGUAUUUGGUCAGAUGGUGCAGAAGCUGCCGCUACUCACCCAAGAAGCACUCUCGCUGCCGCAUCGCGUUUGGAAAGUGAAGUUCGUCGGCGAAAGCGUCGACGAUUGUGGCGGCGGCUAUAGCGAGUCGAUUGCCGAAAUGUGCGAUGAGCUCCAAAACGGCAGUGUGCCACUCUUGAUAACAACACCUAACGGACGCGGCGAGGCGGGCGCCAAUCGUGACUGUUUCUUGCUGGAUCCCACGCUUGGCUCCGUGUUGCAGAUGAACAUGUUCCGCUUUCUGGGCGUGCUCAUGGGCAUAGCUGUACGCACUGGUUCGCCAUUGAGUUUGAAUUUAGCCGAAGCCGUCUGGCGUCAAUUGGCCGGGGAACAACUACGUCCAUCCGAUCUUACCGAAGUCGAUCGUGAUUAUGUCGCCGGUUUGCUUUGUAUACGCAAUAUGGACGAUGACCCCAAGGUAUUCAGCACACUAGAGCUACCCUUCUCCACCUCCUCCGCCAAGGGUCACGAGGUGCCUCUCUCGACACGCUACACUCGCAUCACGUCACAAAAUCGUCAAGAAUACGUACGUCUGGCUUUGAAUUUCCGUCUGCAUGAAUUUGACGAGCAAGUGAAAGCUGUGCGCGACGGCAUUUCUAAAGUGAUACCUGUACCGCUGCUGUCACUCUUCUCGGCAUCUGAACUGCAAGCGAUGGUAUGCGGCUCACCAGACAUACCGCUGGGACUGUUAAAGUCUGUGGCCACAUACAAAGGUUUCGAUCCGAAUUCGGCGUUGGUUACAUGGUUUUGGGAAGUGAUGGAAGAGUUCUCAAAUCAGGAACGUUCCCUAUUUCUACGCUUUGUAUGGGGUCGCACACGCCUACCGCGUACCAUUGCAGAUUUUCGUGGACGUGACUUUGUUUUGCAGGUUUUGGAAAAAAGCCCACCUGAUAGUUUUCUACCGGAGAGUUAUACUUGCUUCUUCUUGUUGAAAAUGCCGCGCUAUUCUUGCAAGGCUGUUUUACUAGAGAAGCUCAAAUAUGCCAUACAUUUCUGCAAGAGUAUUGACACAGAUGAAUAUGCGCGCGUUGCCAUGGGUGAUCCCACCGAAGCGACGGGCAGUGAGGAUGACAGCGAUUUAGAAUCGGCUGCGAGUAAUGAGGCCUAA